ACCCUAAUUUCUAACUUUGUUGCCCAGUUUCUCUCUCCUCUGUUCUGUUCUUUUCUUUGAAGAGGGGGCCUCUGCAUAAACCGUUUUUAGGGUUUUAGGAUUUCCAGUUUUAGGGUUUUUCGAAGGAGAGAGAAAGUGAGCAGCUGCAGCAUCAACAACAAAAAAUGGUGGCCGACAAAGGGAAGAAAUUGAAGGCUACUGACAAGAAUGAUGAGGCGAAUGCUGAACAGAUCGACAGCGAACUUGUACUUUCCAUUGAAAAGCUUCAGGAAAUUCAAGAUGAUCUUGAAAAGAUCAAUGAGAAAGCUAGUGAUGAAGUAUUAGAAGUGGAGAAGAGGUACAAUGAGGUUCGAAAGCCAGUUUAUGAUAAGAGAAAUGAAAUCAUAAAGUCCAUUCCAGACUUUUGGUUGACUGCUUUUCUUAGUCAUCCAGCUCUAAGUGAGCUAGUGACUGAAGAAGAUCACAAGGUUUUCAAGCAUCUAACUUCUAUCGAUGUAGAAGAUUCUAAAGAUGUGAAAUCAGGAUACUCCAUCACCUUUAAUUUCAGCCCCAAUCCUUAUUUUGAAGAUACAAAGCUUACCAAAACAUUCACAUUUCUUGAUGAAGGGACUACUAAAGUGACUGCAACUUCCAUUAAGUGGAAAGAAGGCAUGGGAAUCCCAAAUGGUGUAGACAAUGACAAGAAAGGGAACAAAAGAGCCCAUAUUGAGGAAAGCUUCUUCAGCUGGUUCAGUGAAACUCAGCAAACUGAUGAUGACAUCCAUGACGAGAUGGUACAUAUGCAGGUCGCUGAAAUUAUCAAGGAGGACCUAUGGCCUAACCCUCUCACGUACUUCAACAAUGAGGCUGAUGAAGAAGAUUUUGAGGCUGAAGAUGAUGACGAAGAGGGUAAAGAAGGCUCUGACGACGACGAUGAUGAGCAAGAUGAUGACGAGGAUGAAGAAUAAUAAAUGUAGCUGGUGGUGGAUGGGCCUUCGAUUUGAAGAUGCUAUUGCAGAUUUUGCUUUGCUUUGCUUUGCUUUUCGGAUUACUAUAGCUUUUUUUGUAAAGUGGGUUAUUAGUUGGGAUGAUAAUGAUGAAUUAAUAGGUUGGGAAAUGACAAAUUGUGGCUUUUAUUUCAGUGUUAGCUCUGCUUAAUUUAAAUAGGUAUCCGCCUUCUACAGUAACAUAUCGGGGUUACUAGUCUUGUCUGCUAUCUCGAUAAUAUAUAUGCAAGCUUCUGAUGCUGAUAUAUUUUUUCUGU